UUUUUUUAUUUGCAGUUUUGUGCGUAUUGUGUAUCAGCUAUGUCAAAAACUGAUAGUGACAGCAAGUUAUUGUACAGCCAAAUAAAAGAAUUUCUUACUAAUGAAAGCAAUACUGUAGCACUAGCAUCAGGUCGCAGAGUCGGUGGACCAUUCUCAUACUUUCCAUUUCCUAUGGGACCAGCACGCGCCUUUGAUGAAAUAUGUCCAGGUUUAUUCCUUGGAGAUGCACAAUGUGUUCAGAAACCAAAUGUACUAAAACAAAUGGAAAUAACUCAUUUGGUAAAUGCGAGCAUGGGUUCCAAGUUCAAUCAGACUGAUACAAACGCAGAAUACUAUAAACCCAUAAACAUAUCUUUUUAUGGCAUUCCAGCAAUGGAUUUAUCAUCCUUCAAUAUUUUGCCGUAUUUACGGCCUGCAGCUGAUUUUAUUGAAAAUGCCUUAUCAACCAAAGGUAAAGUUUAUGUUCAUUGCCAACAGGGUAUCUCUCGCUCAGCUACAGUUGUUAUAGCGUAUCUAAUGGUCAAGAAACAAAUGGACGUAAUGAAGGCUGUGAGACUGGUGAGGGAGAAGCGUGACAUUUUUCCAAAUGAUGGCUUCAUCAAGCAGUUGUGUCAGCUCAAUAAAGAACUGCUUAAAACUCAAAAGGUACUGGAUCAGAUGAGACUGUGUCAAACACAAACUUGAGUGACUUGAAUCUGCCAGAUACUAUUUGGUGGUUCAGUGCAGAAUAUGUUUAAGUUUGGAUGUUGUGUAAGGCUGUGAAUAUUUUUUCUAAAUUAUAGUUUUAUUGGGCAGCUCUGUCUAAACUUUUUCCAACUUCAAAGGAACUGGAGCAGAUUUGACAAUGAAUAACAUCAAAAUGAUUUAAUUAAGGUUUUUGAUGUUGUAUGAUACCUUUUGUUGGUUCUGUGAUAAAAGUUUGAAACUUGUAUUAGAUUAUCAAUAUCAUUCUUCAUCAUUUUUUUUUACCAUUAAUUAUAGAGCUUGUAUAUAUGUUCUCAAAAAUACUGUGAUAUUAUUUAAAUAAUAGCAAACUUCUGUAAUGUGCUUCAGUGAUUGUUGACUGACAUGAUUAUUGAAUUAAUUCACUUACCAUUACAUUUAUUAAGGCUAUAUGUUCACUAAUCAAUUUAACAUCAUCUUAUCAAGAUGUUUACGCAUAGUUUAAAUGAAGAAAGUAAAACAAACAUACAGAAAAAAAUAUAAGGAAAUAAAACAAAAAGAAAUCUAUUUCUUAAAAAAAAAUAAGUGUCUUAUAAAUAACAUGUAUUUAAAUUCAGCUUUAUGAAUAAAAGCAUUUAGGCUAAAACUGGCGAACAUUAUUUAAAUAUUCAUGCAUAUUCUAAGUUUAGAAAGUAUAAAAACAAACCAGAAUAGAUAAAUAUAUUAGGAAACAAAAAAAAGUCAUCUUCUUUUAUAAACAUGAAAUAAUUGUCAAUUUAUAAAUAAUUAAAAAUGGGCCAACCAUAUCCAGUAUCCAUUUUUUAUAUUUAUUUUUUUAAAAAUAUUGUAUAUUUUUUCUGUUAAAUAACAUUGAAGUAUGUUAAUUUUUAACACAUUUUU